AUGAUACAAUUUCCUGCUAGAGCGGUUCACGGUGACAAUGGCGAACAUGGAGAAUUCGAACCUCUGCCUCAACCACCGUCGCCUGCAGCAGCCCCAUGGGGUGGAUUUCACAACAAUGAUUCAGUCGCUUCCUUUGAUACCAUUCAAAACAGUCGACCUAAUACCCUGCGAUCAUCGUCCAAUACAUAUUUACUCAACAAUUACAGCUCAGCAACUCUCUUAGGUGGAAGUCAAACACCGGGCACAUCCACACCCGGCCCAUCAUCAUACGGCCCAUCAUUAAGCCCUUUUCAUGGCGACUCUUUCUCCGAUACCUCAUCCUACGAUGGAGCAACAGCAUGCCCAUCACCAGGUUUACGAGAGAAUGAGAGUAUCAGUUAUGAAGACUUCAAAAAGGAAGAUCCAGCCACCGCUCGAAAAGUCAGACAUUUCAACACCUUCAACAAGCAAUAUGAUACCUCUAUAUAUAAAAUCGAAACAUUGCACAAGCACGACGAUGAAAUUUUUCUUUCUCCUUGGAAACGAAAGAUGUAUCGAUUAUCACCAUUUUUCACAUUGCUAGCCUGCGCUUCAUACUUCCUCUACUAUGCAUUCCGAAUUUAUUGCACCAUUCAAGCUCAAAAGGCAUUUCACAAAGUGUACAUCAUGGCAUGGCUUUUUAUUGCAUCAGAAGGUUGCGUUGCUUGUCCCGCUCUACUCCAUCAAAUGUACCAAAUGUUAUCUAUCCGCGGCCGUACACGCCCCAAGCUUCGUCUUCGUGGUGACGAGGUACCUACUGUUGAUGCUUUCAUUACAUGCUGUGGCGAAGAUGUAGAUGUUGUUCUUGAUACAGCUCGCGCUGCUCUUGCUGGUGAUUACCCACAAGACCGCUUCCGCGUCGUCGUUCUCGACGAUGGCAAAGAUCCUGAGUUGGAAAAGGCCGUCAAUGAACUCUCGCUCGAUUAUCCUAACGUCUACUACCAUGCUCGCAUCAAGAUCAAGGGCGUCCCACAUCAUUUCAAAGCUGGAAAUCUUACCGGCGGCACCAAUUUUGUUCUUAAUUUGGAAGGAGGUGAAGCUGAAUAUAUUGCACCUUUGGAUGCGGAUAUGAUACCAGAGCCGGAUUGGUUGAGAGCUAUUAUUGCACAUAUGAUUAUUGACGAUAAGAUGGCUCUUGUUUGUCCACCGCAGCUUUUCUACAACGUCCCUGUCAACGACCCUCUCUGUCAAUCCCUCGAUGCCUUCGUUCACGUAAUGGAGCCUACCAAAGAUGCCAACGGAGUAGCCUGGUGUACUGGUUCCGGCUAUGCCAUCCGCCGCGCAGCCCUCGACGAUAUCGGAGGAUGGCCCGUCGGUUCCCUUGCCGAAGAUACCUUCACCUCAUCUCUACUCCUGGGCGCUGGCUGGAAAACCGCCUUUUGUCACGAAGCCUUACAAUUCGGUACCGUCCCCGACACCAUCACUGGUCAUCUCAAACAACGCACGCGUUGGACACUCGGAACGUUGCAAACCGCACUCAAAUUAAAAUUUUGUCUGUUUGGAGAUUUAGUCAAGGGAAUGGGAUUCUUCGCUCGUCUAUCCGCCUUCGUAUUCGCAAUCGAUGCAUUCUUCAAGAUAUUCCUUCUCAUCGCCCUCCUCACCAUCCCCAUCGUCCUCGUCUCCGGCGGUCAACUAGUAGCCUACAACAACGAAUUCCAACUCAAAUGGCAAAUCCGCCUCUGUUUCAUCUCGCUCGUACUGACGCGCACCAACGAAUGGGUCACCUAUCUCCCCUCGGGCUACCGUCUCGCGCAGCGCGACGCUGGCGCUCAAAUGUGGAUGGCGCCUUUCCACGCCAAAACCAUCAUCAUGUCCUUCAUCCUCCCUUCUUGGCUCGGUGGCCGCGCAAUGGCCUUCUCCAGUUCCGGCAGUCAGAAAAGCGACAUCAAUGAGCGCGACCCGGUUACGCGCGCAGGUCUCUUCCGUCGUCUCUGGGUUAUCCUCUGGGAUUGUCAAUGCUACAUGCAUCUACUCUACAUACUCUUCGUCAUUGGCGCCGUCACCUAUUCGACCGUUAAAGGUCUAGUCAUCGAAGCCGACACUAACAACACGCUCAAGAAAAAACUCGUCUAUUUACUCACUCAUGCGUUUUGGCCACCCAUGCUUUGGGUCCUGUGCAUCACGGCGUGUUUCGAACCCAUCCGCUAUGCGAUUUGGCCACCGACGAUGCCGGAUCGUGAGGAACUCUUGGAUCGUGAUGAUAAGACGCAGAUUGCGAGACCCAAGGAAGAAUGGAAGAAAACGCGUUAUGCGAAGACGACUUUCUUUCAUGAGUUUCAGUAUACGUUGUUGACGGGUUUUACGUGUAUGGUUUUCGUGGGGGCGUUUUUUAUUAGUACUUGA